GACCAAUAUCCUAUUGGUGGCUAUAGCAGCAGCAAAGAACCUGAAGCCCAGAGUGUAGGCCACAAUGAUGCUGUACCUGCAAAUAAGUUUCAAAGUAGAAGCCCAAAUGGACAACAACACCAGCUCUCCUUUUUGCUACAGGUGACCGAUGUUUGUGGCCUGUCCACUACUCUCACGGCCACCACUGGAUAG